UUGAUUUGCCGUUUAUAGGGAAUGAUUGAUUCUUCAGCCGAGACCCAUAUAUACCAUCUACCCUAAUAUCAACAUGUGAGGUGAUUAAAACUUUUUUUUAACAUGCCAUUCGCAAUAGCAACUUUCUUGUGUGAAAAGGAAGUGUUUUCCUGUGGUUGUUGGUAGCUAGCGAGUGACGGCUUUGAUAGCUGUCGGUUUCGACUGAAGUGAUAAAACAACAGAGCCACUCGCAAAGGUCAACACCACACCAUCGUAUGGUUCGACUUGCGCUCGUGAUUUGUCAUUAUAGCAAAUUGCUUUGCGUUCCUAAAUGAACUCAGCUCGCUACUCCAAAUAACAUCAGUCUCAUUUCUGCUGACUUGUGGUCACAUUUUGAGACGCGAAUUGAGAUAUGUAUGACGACGUUUUAAAACUCUCUGGGUAGACUAAAUAAAUCGGUAUCUUUUUCUGAGAUAUUUAAUUUUUGGCAGAUUGAUCGAAAUAUGCGUGUGGUAGUUAAACGUGGAAAUGGUGAAGGAGUCAAAAUUCCAAAAUGCGUAAUCGAUUGUUACUUCUCUUUGCUUUAAGCCAGAAAUACCUUCAAAGAGAGCGAUUUCCGUCUAUUCCUCGGCAUUCGUGAUCAUGACACUGGUUUAUUGAGCGGGCCUCCUUGAAUAACCGUAAAUAACUUUGAGCCUGUCAACAGAGGAGCGGCAGGCUGAAAGAUUUCUGAUGAUGUUUCCUGAAAUACAAGGGGACAUGUUUCCUGCACGCCUCACUUUCUCACACGCUCUCUCUCUCACAUUCAAUCUGAUAUAGAGUAUUUGAAUGUGAAAGAAAAUAAAUACAUUUGUGUGUGUAUAACAUGCUUAAGUAAGUGUGUACUGCCUUCAUAAACAUGUUAUGUUUAUUUUAGAAUGUCACCUCUCGUUUUUCGAAGUCCAUGUGUAGCGAAAGAAAUGUUCAAGAGAUGAACUACGUUUCUCUCCAUUGAAGAUUUCUCCUGAUUUGUUCUGAAGUGUUGGAAAAACAAAUUUUUAGAGAGGUUUCUAGCAUGUAGUUUCGUCGUGACGUAUUGGGUAAUACCAAGAAAGCUUUCCGUUUUAUGUUUUAUCUGAACCUUGAAUUAGUUUUCCCUGCUGUUAGCGAAAUCAAACCCCUAUAUUUGCAGAAACAUACAGCCUACUUUAUUUUUGUGGCUAAACUUUGAUUACGAACCGAAAGAAAACAUUUUAAUAUAUAUUUAUAAUGCCCUUUUUGUAGAAAACUUAAACGCAGUUUUCAGCCUUUUUUUUCAGAUUUUCUGUCACAAGUGAUUUGAAAAAGAGAACACAAUGCCGCUCAAUUACGCAAACUAAUAUAACUUUUAAGAAAUAUUAUGGUAAUUUUACAACAAUAUUAAUUAUGCAGUUCUAAAACUAAAUCAAUGUUAACUCAUUGUAGUGGAUGACAGCUAAGAUUUUGUUCUUUUGUCUUGUGGUUAGAAUGAUUUAAUUGUUUUUGAAGCGUAGGAAUUUAAAUUGAGCCGCUGAAGUCAAGUAUCAGAGAUCACGUUUCGUUCUUGGUAGAAAGCUCCUUAAAAGCAUUUUUCCCUUUGCUGAUGUCAUUCCUUCACAUUCUUCAUCUAGAAAACAUUGCUGCAGAGCUAUGUCCUCAAAUCUGCAAGAUGGACACUGUGGAUCAGAAAAAGAGUUCUGUAAAAAGUAUUCUUACUAUGACUAUCCCAUUGAAGUUGUUGAAUUACCUGAUGAACCAGAUGGUAAAAGAUUUGAGCUGUUUUUUGAGCGUGAAGGACAGGUUGAAGCUUCUACCCAAACCACGAGGCCAAUCACGGCGGUAAGUGAAUGUGGUCAGUCAAUUAAAUCAACAGGAUCAGACCGGCAGGAAUGGUCAUACACCCUUUAUGACUUUGAAGGCCAAGGCCAAGUCACUCGAGAUGACGUGAAGAACCUUGUGAAGUCAAUCUAUGAUGUCCUUGGCAAAAGCAUUUCUCAUCCCAAAGGAACACAAAAAGAUCCUGUUAAAAAACUCUGUGUGAAAUUGUCACUCUCAAAGGAAAGAGGCAGAGAUCUUAAUAGUAGGACAAGGCAUGAAUGUGUCCUGACUGGUAGUGGCUUUGAGGAACAUCCCAGAAGGAGUAAAGGGAGAAAGUACCUUUCAAUACAAAGAGAGGGGUCUUUGACUGUGAACCCUCCAUCUACAGACUGCCUUGGUCAAUUCAGACCUAAGAGCAGCCUGUGUGAGCCAAUACAGUCAGAGCAACAUGCCAGCAGCAGUGGGCAUCCUCGCAGAUCAUCAUCAUGCAGGAGGUGUGAGCACAGGCAACCUGUUGACAAGGAUUGUGUGAGAAAUGACCCCCGAAGGAGUGCCAACCCUGUUGACUCAAAGGGAAUGUAUCAUUUCCCCAAGAGAAUGCAAACUGGGCCUGGAGAAUGUAACCCACCAGUAUCCAAUAGCGAGGAAAUGACCAGAGUUAAGGAUUGGAUCAAUCAGUGGUGUCACAUGUAUGACAAGGGGGAGGAAGAACCCCGUGAAGAACACCACCGGCACAAACAUAAGCUGCACCAUCGACAUCGUGUCUGCCAAACCAACAGCUGUGAUAUGGGCUGUGGCCUUCGUCGCUGCCCUCAGUACCUUGAUCUUGCAACAGAUCACCUAACCUACCCUUACCACACAGAAAGUCAGUCAUUCCCUUUUGCAAAUGGAUCUCCCUCACCACAGCACAGUCACAGACACAGUGAAUAUCAUCACUGUAAGCGCAACUUAACUAGAGACAGUGACUUAUGUCAUCAGGAUGGACAACCAGUCAUGCAUCGCCAUGAGCACCACCACCAUCACAGUCACCAUCAUUAUCAUCACUAUGUCAGCUAAAUAACUUUGUUAUUUAAAUUCUACCUUUGACUAAAAUCAUUUUCACACAAUUUAUGGUUUUUAGGUAAGAUUAAAUGUGGUGAAAAGUUAUAACAUUUAUAGGGAACAAGCCUUGCUUGAUGAAUAGGACCUUGUAAAGAGGCACACUUUGUGAUGAACAAUAAGAACUCAAGCAAGGGGUUACUCUCAAUUACUGGAAAAUAUUACUUUAUGCAAAGAAGCAAGAAUCUUUAUGUUUUAAGACUUUUUUGUAUAGCCUGUUAAAUCAAGUAGAAUUAUGUAUUUUCUACCUGUCUUGAAACUGCAUGCAUGAAGGGCAAACAGUAUUGCAACUUGUCUUUGCUAGAAUGGGAUUGUUAUAUAUUUCACUUUUAUAAUAUCAUACAAUUUAAUGUACAUGAUAUUUGUAAGAAUCAUCAGAUUAUCCCAGACUGAAAGCAAUAUUUAACCAUUGUUGUACUCCAUUUAAAAACACCAUGCGUAGGUAAGGAAUUUGACUGCCAUGAAAUGUGAUUAAAGAUAAGUAAAAAAAUUUAUUCAUUCAUGAAAAGUACUUUUGUAAUUCUUUUACAUGUAAAACAAAACAAAAUGAACAUUGUGAUUUUAAAUGCUUUUUUGAUCAACAAAACAAAUGAGCUCUUUAUUUUUUAUUAGGAUUAUUCACAGGUUGUAGGAACAAUUGGCAGUGUAAACAGGAAUUUGUCUUUUUUUUCAACUUUAUUAUUGACUUUUUCUAAGUCAGUUAGUUGUGAAGUAUGAGUAUAUGCUUUAUUGCUGUUUUAUCCUCACUCUACAUUUAUUGCCCCUUUUUUAGAGUAUAGUAGCCUUGGGAAUCAUAUGACGUAGACAAAAACUAAAAUAGAAUUUAGCUCACGGAUAAAAUUAAGCCACAACAGGUAUUCCAGGCAGUUGAGGAAUGGUUCAGAAAAAUUUUUUUAAAAUCUAAAACCCUAGUUAUUUGAAUCAAAGGAAAUUUAAAGUAUAUCUUAUUCACAUUGUAUAAAAUCAUUUAAGAAGUAUUUAACAAUUCCAGUGUAUAUUCAACAUUUACUGUAAUAAUAAUAUUAUAUAUUUCACAAUGCAUCAGGCGAA